ACCGCUCUGCCGAGGGUCUUCGACGCUUUAACAUCGAACCGCUGUCUCACAUAACCCGCCGUCCGGGAAUCCAAGCCGCCACCCAGCUCUUUCGUUCCGCUUACAACGGCAUCCUAUUUUCAGCCUCCGUCGGAGUCUCCCGGCUUGUGUGGAAAAUGUCAUCGUACGAGCAUCGAUCAUCGCGUGACCAUCAGUCAAACCGCAUCUUCGUCGGCGGUCUUUCUGAGGGCGUCCUCAAAGAAGACCUCGAGCGCGAGUUUUCCAAGUAUGGCAACCUCAACCACGUGUGGGUUGCCCAGAACCCGCCAGGCUUUGCCUUCAUAGAAUUCGACGAUGAACGUGACGCAAGCGAGGCUUGCAGUGAGAUGAAUGGCGCCAGCGUAAACGGAUGCACCCUUCGUGUCGAGCCAUCGAGAGGUCGUCGCCAAGGAGGCCGUUUCGGUGGCCGUGGUGGCGGCGGUAGAGGCGGCGGCUUCCGUGGCUCGGGACCCUCGUCUCGUGGAGGCUUUGGUGGCUCCCGAGGUGCCGGGGGUUAUCGGGGCGGGCGUGAUUCGUUCGGGGACCGCUCACGGCGCGGCGGUUAUGGCAGUGGGGGCGGUGGCGGACGAGACUUCGGUGGACGGCGUGAUGGCGGACGUCGUGACAACGACCGUCGCUACAGGUCGAGGUCGCCAGUGGGCCAGAGCCACUAUUAAUCAAUGGAGAGGAAACGGGCGCGUCACAGAAAGUCAGCUACUACAACAAGUCGAGGCGGCUAACUUCGUCGUCGUCAGCAUCGUCAGCCAGUCCGCCAGCUACUCUACUACCGCGUCCGACCGAUCGAUCGACACCAGCAUCGCUUCGCAUAAGAGAGCGGAUACUUCGGUGCGCGGAAUUGUCAUCUUGGUAUCUGCUAUCUAUCGACUGUGAACUGCGACGACCUUCGACUUCAACAGCGCCGGCGGUGACUACUACUGCUGCGGCCGCUCGUUCGCGUAUAACUUCUUCGCUUCAAUCGUGGCGACGUUGCUUUUCUUCUUUAUCUUCUUGCUGUUCUUCCGAUCUCGGCCGGCUCUGCGAUCGAGCCCGUUCCGGGGGCGACUGUGAACGCGUCCGUACAACUGCCUGAUUCGAUCGCGACCCGUCUAUCUACCAUGAUCAUCACACCUUUCACCACUACAGCGAGCAAACAACCAACGAACGAACCUACAGGCAACGUACAACUCUACUCCACUGAAAUAGACACCCAGACAGCAGCAGAAUCAUCACUAUCAUCGUAUCGCUACUACGACGAUCAUCACCCCAGCCAGCUGCUAUCUCCUCUAACUACGAACCAUUAUAACCACGUACAACUAUCACACCAGCUACAACUACUGAUCUUGUAGAUUCGAAAUUCAAUGUUCUCACAACUGUGUGACCAUUACAGCUGCCACUACUUAUUGCUACCCAUACAUAUAUGCGCUCCAACCAUGUUUCGCCAUUACGAGUCGACUACUGACAGAGAAGCGAUUAACUGUUUCUUCGUUCGUUGUUCUCCUUCUUUUUCUUUUCAUUGCGUUGCGUUGUUGUUGUCGUUGCAAAAUGUAUCGCCAACAGUUAGCAUAGCAACAGCAGCAACUCUCGAGUCGCCAAAGACAAGUUAAAUCGAAAUUGAGCGACGACACACCUCUCGCGUGGGCUUUGGGCACAUGCGCGACGGUCAAUUAAAUUGGCUUUUCCUCGAACGCAACUCUUUUCACAGCUCACUAAUAAUGAGGUUGUCGCUCAGUUUAACGACAGCUUUUGUACCUAUCCUUUUUUCGCCCCUUACCAGCCCCCAUCGCAUUUUCCCAGCGAUAUUCGGCUUUCGAUAACAAUCCAUUUGUUCCCCCGAUAUACCGUUGAUCUUACCGAGAGGUGAUACUUGAAUCCUACACUGUACUCUCACUACUACGCAACUACUACGAUUCAUAUAAAAGAUAACUACCUAUUCGCUUGUAUUCGCUCAUCGUCAUGAAAGAUUGUCAUCGUCAACAAACAUUCCGCUGGGGGAGUAAGUGCAAAUAGCUAAGUCGCGGGUGCUAUCAUGGACAACAACUUAGUGUCUUUUUUUGCAACCUUAAGUUUUGACCCGAUGUAAACUUGGGCUCUCCUGCCCACUGGGAAUUGGCCCGUAAGUCAAACUUUGAAAUCUGCUAGUAAUUUGGUGUACUGAGUAGGCGUCCCAGUGAGCUUCGACGACAGUUGAUUAGUGCACUACUUCGUCCUUGGUUCAACUCGUUUUUCCAUCAUUGUAUGUUUGUCCUCAUUCUUCUUGUUGUAUGGACGGGACAGCGACCCGUUUGGUUCCAUUAUUUUGCUCUUUCUCUUUCCCUUUCUAAGCCACAGUCUAUGCCAUCUAUACCAUUUAACACGAAACUAAUGAGUAGUCAGUCGAAAAGCAACAGCCACUGCUAUAUGAUGGUAAUUAUGAUGAUGAUGAUGAUGAUGAUGAUGAAUAAGCUGGUGAUGGUCGAUGAUUCAUUAUUAUAUAAAUUAUUUGUAAAUUCAUUAUGAUGAAGCAAGCGAUGAUAUCGAAUAACAACAACAACAACAACAACAACACCAAAAUAGAGAUGUACUUACCACCGUUAGCGGCGGCCUGGAUCUCUGCUCUGUGGCCAGUAGCUGUUCAUGGGGUAGCAGGUGUCAGCCGCGAAUUGCAGAGAGUAAUGCGCUGCAAUAACAGCCACAACAACAACAACAACAACUACUACUACUACUACUACUACUACUACUACAAAACAAAUUAUUGAGCCAUUAAAAGUAUACGCGUGGAUCGUCAAACGCGACUCAUCCUCAA